AUGGCGACGAAGGGGAAUUUCUCUUCGCCAAAUUACCCAGGCCUCUAUCCCAUAGACAUCACAUGUGAAUAUCGUUUCUCCGGGAAUAAUGUAAGAAAAAUCGAGAUCGAAUUUCUCGAAUUUGAUGUGGAAAGUGCGUCAAAGACGUGCUCUGACGCCCGUAUGGGAGAUUACGUAGAAUUACGCAGUUGUUACCCAAUGGAAUUGCUUACCUAUCCAAAACGACGCUUGUGUCAUCAACAGACCGCUGACAACCGAUAUCACAUCGAAUGGUAUGAAUCUUGUGUCGUGCUGAAGUUUUUCUCGAAUGAGCAUUUUGUUGGCACUGGAUUCUUUGGAUUGUAUACAUUUU